AUGGAAAAUAUCUAUCAUGAGACAGAAGAUGGAUUUGUUUAUCACCUCGCUACCAUGGGAUACGACAAUAAUUCCGGUUGUCUAUUGGACGGUGUGCCCCGUCCCCCUGAUGUGCCCCCUCGCAACCCCACAAUGAGUCGUUUGAACGGCAGAUUGGCCUCUGCGCCCCCUGCUGACCUUUCGCAGGACUUCGAGCCGUCCUGCCUGGUCAGAACGCCCUCAGGAAAUGUCUAUAUUCCUAGCGGAACGCUAAGUCACCCGAAAACCUCGACGAUCGACUACAAAUCGCAGUCGUCGUGCAGCAGUCCUUCGAAGGAAACGAAGAAUCCCGAUCGCAUGCCGAUGUCGUACGGCGGCCAGGUGCCGUGCCUCCCCGUGAGAAACAACCUGCGCAGACCUAACUCCACGCACUUCCCGCAACCCAGCCGUUUCCACUUCCGGAAAGGCCUGGCCACGCGGUGCACGUGGAAAUGCACCGCCAUCAUUUUCAUCAUGCUUUCCAUCAUCCUCACUGCCACCCUCUCCUACAUCUCAGCUUCGAGCAUAUUGAACUGGUCAUAUCAGAACGCCAAACCGUGCUCGGUGCUGGUCGGAGACAACACGGAAAUCGUUCCGCUAUCGAAAACUGCGGAAUCCACGGAAACGACCAACAACCUAUCGACGACAAUCAGCCGCCCGAAGCAACCCACUACGUCAACCAAUAACGUGGCCGGAUCCUCGGGAGGGGCGCAUACAUUCCCGGCGCAGUCCUUUCCGCCAGAUGGCACCACUUUCUCGCAGGUGCAGCUCGGCCAAAGGCUGUCCAAAGAGAUUCCGCCUUAUGGCUAUUGGAACAUGCAGUUCUACCAAUCCGAAGCGGCUUACGUCAAGUUCGAUUACAGUAUACCCCGAGGUGCGAGCAUAGGGGUAUAUGCCAGAAGAAAUGCUUUGCCAACUCACACUCAGUACCACAUUCUUGAAGUUCUUAGUGGGUUUAAGGCCAGGACUACACGGGCUUCACAUUCUGCGGUUAAAAAAGAGGUAACCCAUUACAUGGAGCAAGGCCAUUGGUUCUUAUCGCUGUACAACGACGAUGGCGACCCGCAAGAGGUCACUUUCAUAGCUGCCGUAGCGGACGAUAUGACCCAUAACUGUCCCAAUGGUUGCAGUGGUAAGGGAGAAUGCCUCAUGGGACAUUGCCAAUGCAACCCAGGUUUUGGAGGGGACGACUGUAGCGAGAGUGUUUGCCCGGUGCUUUGCAGUCAAAGGGGCGAUUACAUAAACGGGGAAUGCCAGUGCAAUCCUGGCUGGAAGGGCAAGGAGUGCCAGUUGAGGCAUGACGAGUGCGAAGUACCAGACUGUAACGGUCACGGUCAUUGCUCUAACGGCAAGUGCAACUGUAUCAGAGGCUACAAGGGAAAUUUCUGCGAAGAAGUUGACUGCCCGCACCCGAACUGCUCGGCGCAUGGCUACUGCGUGGAGGGGACGUGCAUUUGCAAGAAGGGUUGGAAAGGCUUGGAUUGCUCCGAAAUGGACAAAGACGCGUUGCAAUGCCUGCCAGACUGCUCUGGACACGGCACGUUCGAUCUGGACACCCAAACUUGCACUUGCGAGGCCAGGUGGUCCGGAGACGACUGCUCAAGAGAACUGUGCGAUCUGGAUUGCGGCAAUCACGGCCACUGCGUUUCCGAAUCUUGCCACUGCGACCCGGGCUGGUCCGGCGAGUAUUGUAACUUGAAGCUCUGCGAUACGCGUUGCAACGAGCACGGUCAGUGCAAGAACGGAACUUGCUUGUGCGUGACCGGCUGGAACGGACGGCACUGCACCAUGGAGGGCUGCCCCAACAGCUGCUCAUCGCACGGGCAGUGCAGAUUCAACACCGACUCGAUGUGGGAGUGCAGGUGCGAGAGCGGUUGGUCCGGCAGAGACUGCAGUCUCUUGCUGGAGCAAAACUGCAACGACGGCAGGGACAACGAUAAAGAUGGUUUGGUCGAUUGCGAAGACCCCGAAUGCUGCUCCAACCACGCUUGCAAGUCCAGUCAGCUCUGCGUCUCUUCCCCCAAACCAAUCGACAUUCUGCUGCGAAAACAACCCCCCGCAAUAACGGCUUCCUUCUUCGAAAGAAUGAAGUUCCUUAUCGACGAAGGCAGUCUUCAAAACUACGCCAGACAGGACACUUUCAACGAAAGCCGCGUAGGUGUCGUUCGGGGCCGAGUUGUCACCCAAAUGGGCACGGGACUGAUGGGGGUGAGAGUCAGCACCAGCACGCCGCUGGAAGGCUUCACCUUAACACGCGACGACGGUAUGUUCGAUUUGCUGGUGAACGGAGGAGGGGCGGUCACUUUGCAGUUCGGACGGUCGCCUUUCAGACCUCAAAGUCAAGUGGUGGUGGUACCCUGGAACGAAGUCGUCAUUGUGGAUAACAUAGUUAUGACAACAGGGGAAGAGAAAGCCGUUGUGGUAAUGCAACAGCCCUGCGCGUUCCAUGAUUACGAUACCAUGAAACCUGUGGUGUUGGCUACAUGGAAACACGGCUUCCAAGGCGCAUGUCCGGAUAAAAGCGCCAUAUUGGCCGAAUCGCAGGUUGUGCAAGAGAGUUUCCAAAUACCAGGUACCGGGUUAAACUUGGUGUACCACAGCUCGCGAGCAGCAGGUUACCUAUCAACCAUCCAACUCCAACUAACCCCGGAAAAAAUAUCGCAAUCCUUGAAACUCGUGCACCUUAGAAUCACCAUCGAGGGAAUCCUAUUCGAGAAGAUAUUCGAAGCGGACCCCAUCAUAAAAUUCACCUACGCCUGGAACAGACUGAACGUCUACCGACAAAGGGUCUACGGUGUCACCAACGCCAUCGUGAAAGUCGGUUACCAGUACAACGAUUGCAAAGACGUGAUUUGGGAGGUGCAGACCACGAAGCUAAGCGGCCACGACAUGAGCAUCUCCGACGUGGGCGGUUGGAAUUUGGACAUCCACCACAGAUACAACUUCCACGAGGGGAUCCUGCAGAAAGGGGACGGGAGCAACAUCUACCUCAAGCACAAGCCGCGCGUGAUCCUCACCACGAUGGGCGACGGCCACCAGAGGCCGCUGGAGUGCGUGGACUGCAACGGGCCGGCCGGCAAGCAGCGACUUCUGGCGCCCGUGGCGCUGGCCAGCACGCCGGACAGUUCUUUGUACGUCGGAGAUUUCAACUUGAUCAGGAAAAUAUCCGCUGACGGAGUGUCGAGAACCAUAGUGAAGUUGAACGCUACAAGGGUUUCGUACCGCUACCACAUGGCUCUCAGUCCGUUCGACGGUACUCUCUACAUAUCGGACCCCGAGUCGCACCAAAUCAUCAAGGUGAAAGACGUGAACGACUACAGCAACCCCGAGCACAACUGGGAGACAGUCGUCGGCUCCGGCGAAAGAUGCCUGCCCGGGGACGAGGCCCACUGCGGCGACGGCGCCUUGGCGCGCGACGCCAAACUGGCCUACCCCAAAGGCGUGGCCGUCUCCAACGACAACAUCCUCUACUUCGCCGACGGCACCAACAUCCGCACGGUGGACAGGGACGGCAUCGUGACCACGGUCAUCGGCAACCACAUGCACAAGUCGCACUGGAAGCCUCUGCCGUGCGAGGGCACCCUCAACAUCGAAGAGGUGCAUCUGAGAUGGCCAACAGAGUUGGCCAUCAGCCCGCUUGAUAACACCCUGCACAUCAUUGACGAUCACAUGAUUCUGCAGCUGACUUCCGACGGCAGGGUUAAGGUUAUAGCCGGGCGGCCUCUGCACUGCGCUUCGCCUAACAUAGGGUACGAUAUCGAGUUGGCGACGCACGCCACUUUGGUGAUGCCGCAGAGUAUCGCGUUCAGUUCUUCCGGGGAGUUGUACGUGGCGGAAAGCGAUUCGCAGAGAAUAAACCGCGUUCGCGUGAUCGGAACAGACGGGAAAAUCUCUCCCUACGCCGGGAUAGAAUCGAAAUGCAACUGCUUGGAGAGGGGUUGCGAUUGUUUUGAAGCCGACCAUUUCCUCGCGACCAACUCGAAAUUCAACACGAUCUCGGCUGUAACUGUAACGCCCAACGGUCACGUGCACAUCGGCGAUCAAGCCAACUACCGCAUACGUUCCGUGAUGGCGAGCAUCCCCGACGCCAGCACCACGAGGGAGUACGAGAUUUACUCCCCCGAAACGCAGGAGAUAUACAUCUUCAACCGGUUCGGGCAGCACGUGUUCACGAAGAACAUCCUCACCGGCAACACUGUGUACGUGUUCACUUACAACGUGAACACCAGCAACGGGAAGUUGAGCACCGUAACGGACGCGGCGGGCAACAAGAUCUUCCUGCUGAGGGAUUACGCCGCGCAAGUGAACUCCAUCGAGAACACCAAAGGCCAAAAGUGCCGGUUGAGGAUGUCGCGCAUGAGGAUGCUGCACGAAAUCACGACGCCGGAUAACUACAACAUCACCUUCGACUACCACGGCCCCAGCGGGUUAUUAAAAACAAAAUUAGACAGCAGCGGUAGAGGUUACAUCUACAACUACGACGAGUUCGGUAGACUUACCUCCGCCGUAACACCGACCGGUAAAGUAAUCGGUCUCACCUUCGAUCUCAGCCUCAAAGGCGCGACCGUUAAGGUGACGCAGAACAGCAAAAACCCGGUGUCAAUGCUCAUCAAAGGUUCCAGCGUUUCCACCAAAGUAGACGAGGCGGAGAACCGUUUUAUCCUCCUGACUGACGGCAGUGUCGGCACGAUAACCCCAUGGACGCACAGCGUGACCACCGACACCGUGCCGUACAACAUCCUGACGGAAAAAGACCCCGUCCUCGGGGAAAGCUACCCGGUACCGGCGAAACAACGCACGGAAAUCGGCGGCGAUCUGGCGAACAGAUUCGAGUGGCGCUACUUCGUGCGGCCGAACCAAAACGGCAAGCCGAAGGCGCAGAAAGUCGUCAGCAAGGUCGGCAAACGUUUGAGGAUCAACGGGGAAAACCUGCUCACCCUCGAGUACGACAAGGAAUCCUCUUCCGUGUCCGUGUUCAUGGACGACAAGGUGGAGCUUCUCAACGUCAGCUACGACAAGUCCGCGCGGCCGAUCAAGUUCGGCCUGAGGAACGGUAUUUUCACCGAGGUGGAGCUGGAGUACGACAGAUUCAGCAGGCUGAGCAGAUGGCAGUGGGGCGAGCUCAGCGAAAAGUACGAGUUCGACAGGGCCGGAAGAUUGAAUGAGAUCAAAUAUGCCGACGGAUCGUCCCUGAUUUACACCUUUAAGGACAUGUUUAGCAGCUUGCCUCUCAAAGUAACCACUCCUCGUGGUUCGGACUAUCUCCUCCAGUAUGACGAUGCAGGUGCUCUUCAGUCCCUGACAACCCCGCGCGGUCACAUCCACGCUUUCACCCUUCAAACUUCUCUGGGUUACUUCAAGUACCAAUACUUUUCGCCCAUGAACCGCCACCCGUACGAAAUCGUCUACAACGACAACGGUCAGAUUCUGGCCAAGGCGUAUCCGCACCAGUCCGGAAGAGUUUCGUACAUUUACGAUUCCAACGGCAAAUUGGUCGCCAAUUUGGCCGGCAUGUCGUCCAUACGAUACAUCUAUCACGACGUAUUGAAUUUGGUGAAGAACGUCGAGAUAAUCGAGCCCAACUUCGAGAUGAGGCAGGAGUUCAAGUAUCACGCCGGUAUAUUGAAGGACGAGAAGCUGAAAUUCCUCUCAAAGAACGGUCUGGAUAACUCCCACUACAAAUACCAAUACGAUGGCAACGCCAGAUUGUCCACCAUCGAUGUUGAUAUCAACGGUAAAGAAUUACCGACUUUGAGGCUCAAAUAUAACCAAAACCUGGGUAACUUGGAAGGAAUAAGCGACUUGAGAGUGUACAUGAACACCUUCAACAGAUCCGUGAUGCAGGAUACAAGCAAACAGUUCUUCACCAUAACAGACUAUGACGAACAUAGUAGAAUCAAAACAAUCCUGAUAAACAUCAAGUCGUUCGAUGUCUACCGACUAGAGCUCGAAUAUGACAGCCGAAACAGGAUCAAAACGCAAAAAAUGCUGGUUGGCAGAAGCCAAUUCGUCGACAAAUUCACGUACAACUCCGACGGUCAUGUGCUUGAGGUUGUCGGCACCAACAACUGGAAGUACGUGUACGACGAAAAUGGUAAUAUAAUUGGUGUUAUUAAGGAGAAAGAGAAGAUUACGUUGGGUUACGAUAGCGGCGAUAGAGUUGUGCAAUACGGCGACGUCGAGUUUAAUAGUUAUGAUAACAGAGGUUUUGUGGUGAGGAGGGGUGAACAAAAGUACAGAUACAACUCCAGAGGGCAGUUGAUACACGCCUUUGAAAGAGAUAAGUUCCAAACUUGGUAUUACUACGACGACAGGGGCAGAUUAAUAUCGUGGAAUGACGAUAAGGGCAAUGUGACGCAAUACUUCUACUCGAACCCCACAACGCCAGAUCUGGUUACGCAUGUCCACUUCCCCAAAACAAGCGGAACGUUUAGGUUCCUCUACGAUGCCCAUAACGUUAUCAUAACGGUGGAGACCUUCGAGCAGAGAUUCUACGUGGCUUCGGAUCAAAACGGAUCUCCUUUGGCUUUAUUCGACAUCAACGGAAAUUUGAUUAAGGAGCUGAGAAGAACUCCGUUCGGAAGCAUCGUUUUGGACACGAACCCGGACUUCUACCUGCCGGUGGACUUCCACGGCGGCAUCAUGGACCCCAACACGAAGCUCGUCUACAUCAACAAGCGCCUCUACGACCCGUCGGUGGGGCAGUGGAUGACGCCGGCGUGGGAGAACCUUUCGGCCAAUCUAUUAAUGCCCACGGACAUCUUCAUAUACCGCUUCAAGAACAACGACCCCAUCAACGGGAAGAUGAACCAGGAUUACAUGACGACGAUGAAGAGCUGGUUGAAGAUGUACGGUUACGAUAUGAGCAGGAUGUUGGGUUCGGAGUACAUCAACCAGAUGGUGUACAAACCGCAGGCUACGAUCACUUCUCCGCAGCUGUCUCCCGAUUUGGGGGUCAUGUCGGGAUUGCAGUGCAUAGUCGGGAAGAUAAACGAGAAGUUCGUCGAUCUGGACUUUGUCCCGAUGUCUCUCCUGAAGAUCGAGCCGAGGUCCCGGAAUCUCCUCCCCAAAGUGGCGUACAGGAAGUCGGUGUUCGGCGAGGGUGUUCUCUUGUCGAGGAUCGGUUCGCGCGCUUUGGUGAGUGUUGUGGAGGGUGUGAACGGGGUGGUGCAGGACGUUGUCACCUCCGUUUUCAACAACUCGUUCUUCUUGAACCUGCAAUUCAACAUCCACGACCAAGACGUGUUCUACUUCGUCAAAGAUAAUGUUUUGAAGAUUAGAGAUGAUUUGGAGGAGUUGAAGCGACUUGGUGGUUUGUUUAACGUGUCCACGCACGAGAUCACCGAUCACGGUUCGACGACGCCGAUAAAGGAGCUGAGGCUUCACAAUCCGGACGCGGUGGUGAUAAUCAAGUACGGCGCGGAUCCGGAAGCGGAAACGCACAAGAUCCUCAGGCACGCGCACAAGCGCGCGGUGGAGAGGGCCUGGGAGCUGGAGAAGCAGCUGGUGGCGGCCGGCUUCCAGGCCAGAGGCGACUGGACGGAGGAGGAGAAGGAGGAGCUGAUCUCGCACGGCGACGUGGACGGCUACGAGGGCGUGGACGUCCACAGCAUCCACAAGUACCCGCAGCUGGCGGACGACCCGGGAAACGUGGCUUUCCAGCGCGACACGAAGCGGAAGCGCCGGAAGAGCGGCAACCACCGCAACCGAUUGCAUAGACACGAUCAGUGA